UUAUUUUAUUAUAAUUUACAGAAACAGAGAUUAUAGAAAAAAACAUCCGGGAUUUUUUCCUGUGAUUGAUUUUGUUCUUUAAAGUGACCACAGGGGGGCGACAAAACACAGCCUGUAUUCAGCAACUGUAUUUGCUGAGUCAUCUGUGAUUUUCACACAUCAUCAUCAUCUUCAUCACACACACACACACACACACACACCCCUUGCGGUGUUUUCCGGGAUCAUGGCACCACCGCUGCUUCCACCCGGGAUCAGCAGCAGCAGCAGCAGCGGCGUCAUCAUCAUCAUCAGCAGCAGCAGCAGCCAUGUCUGACCAUCACCGGUCGGGACAGUAGAGUUUUAUUUUACACCGAGAGAGAAAAAAGGGUGAAAAAACAAUGCGCUCGCAGAGGCGCGGAGACACCGUGACGCUACGUCAUUGACGCAUGUGACAGGGAAACACGCGUUUUCAGGGAUUUUUCUGUUACUGGAAAGCGGAGUUGGAGGAAGUCUAAGUCUUGUCGCAGUCUAUCAGCAGCAGCAGCAGCAGCGUGGUGGCGCGUGGAUUACCGUGGACAAUAGUCUCAGCAGCACAAACACCAGCAGCCUGUGGGCGUUGGUGGCACCGCUGAGAAGAUGGACAGGAUGAAGAUAAUCAAGCGUCGUCUGUCCAUGUCUCUACGCAGCGCUCGACCCGUCGACGACUCGCUUUCUGAACUGGCCGAACAGAUAACACUGGACGAGUCGACGGUGGCCAGAGACAACGAGCCGGUGGUGGUGUGCUCCUUGCACCCUCCUGCCUCCCACAGUGCUCCCUCCUUCCUGCGUCAGUACGCCGGUCAUCUGGGUCGCACCGCGCUGCGCAGAGAACCGGGCGGAGGCCUGGAAAGAGACAGAGCCUUCCUGAGUCUGCACAGGACUGGAUCCCUGGGUAUCGUACACGAGAACGUGAAGAUGGGUUCAGACGGAGAGAGCGACCAGGCGUCAGGGACGUCGUCUGACGAGGUCCAGAGUCCAGUCAGGGUCCGGAUGAGGAACAACCACCAUCGACGCAUCUCUAAUGAAGACAUAAACAAGCGUCUGUCUCUCCCGGCUGAUAUCAGACUACCUGAAGGAUAUUUGGAGAAGUUUGCGAUGAACAGUCCGCCCUUCGACAAACCCAUGAGUCGCAGACUACGACGAGCUUCACUGUCGGAGAUCGGCUUUGGGAAACUGGAGACCUACAUCAAACUGGACAAACUUGGAGAGGGAACCUACGCCACGGUGUUCAAGGGUCGCAGCAAGUUAACGGACAAUUUAGUGGCUUUGAAGGAAAUCAGGCUGGAGCACGAGGAGGGCGCCCCCUGUACGGCCAUCAGAGAAGUGUCUCUGCUGAAAGACUUGAAACACGCCAACAUCGUCACACUUCAUGACAUCAUCCACACGGACAAGUGUCUCACACUGGUGUUUGAGUACCUGGAAAAAGACUUGAAACAGUACAUGGACGACUGUGGCAGCAUCAUGAGUGUUCACAACGUCAAGAUCUUUCUGUUCCAGCUGUUACGAGGUCUGGCGUACUGUCACCGCAGGAAAGUCCUGCACCGAGACCUGAAACCUCAGAACCUGCUCAUCAACGACCGAGGAGAACUCAAACUGGCUGACUUUGGUUUGGCUCGAGCGAAGUCUGUUCCCACCAAAACGUACUCAAAUGAAGUCGUGACGCUGUGGUACCGCCCACCUGAUGUUCUGCUGGGCUCCACCGAGUACUCCACACCCAUCGACAUGUGGGGUGUGGGAUGUAUCUUUUAUGAAAUGAUCACAGGCAGACCGUUGUUCCCUGGAUCGACUGUGGAGGAUGAACUUCACCUCAUAUUCCGCAUCCUUGGGACUCCUACAGAAGACACUUGGCUCGGCGUCACCACCAACGAUGAGUUUAAAACGUACAAUUUCCCUCAGUACAAAGCAGAACCUCUCGUUAACCACGCCCCCAGAAUCGACAGCGAUGGUCACGACCUUCUGUCGAUGCUUCUCCAGUUUGACGCAAAAAAGCGAGUUUCAGCCGAGGACGCACAGAAACACUCGUACUUCAGGACUCUGGGAGACCAGGUCCAGACGCUGGCCGACACCGCCUCCUUGUUCUCAGUCAAAGGCGUGGAGCUGCACAAAGACCCGGGGAAGAGAUCGUCAGUUUAUCCAGAGUCAAUUCUUCCAGAGAGAAUCAGCCAAUCACAGACCUCAGAGUCACAGUCUGUCGUCCACCUCUACUGGCUGAGUGUUUCUCUUCAGGUUCUUGCAGCGAGAGCUGUAGCCUCUCAGGGGAAGAGCAGGAGACAGAGUGUGUUGUUUUAGACGCUGAGGACAGGAGGACACAUGGAGUUGGCCCCGCCCCCCCGAGACACACAUUCACUGACCCUGAGACACUGAAGGAGUGAUAAACACUGAAAAAGACAGUAAAAACACACACACACACCUAAGGCUGAAGAAUUCAUACUUUAUUAAAGAUAUAAAUUAAAAAGACUUGAAGUUCAACCUUAAAGAUGGAAAAACGUGAAAACCUUGGAGAUUCUCCCACGUCGCUGCCGCCGCCGCUGCUGCUAUUACCUCCACUGACCAGGAGAGGGCAGCAACUAAGGAAGUGGUUGAACUCAAACAGAAGUGAGAGGAUGAAGGAGUGAACGCAGACGAAGAGAAACAUACGACUCUGAAGGUGAAGGUUUUUGUGUUGUUCAUUAAGAGACACACACACACACACACACUCUGAUAGUUCCGUUUUUUGAAGUGUGUAAAAAGCAAACUCAUCUGAAAUGUAAUUGUGUAGUGAAACAGUUAAAUUCACUCACACAGGAUUUUUUAGCCAUUCAACAAAAAUCUAAGGUAAUAAAAUCUGCGUCAGCUGAAGUCUACGAUAUCUUGUUCACGACUUUUCCAACAAGAAACUGAAGUUCGUAAACCACACACACACACACACACACACACACACACACACACACACACACACACUUCCACACCAAAGUCCAUAGAGAAAAUCCGUGCUUUUAACAUCACACACACAGGAGUAGUUGAUCCACUGCUGCCUCCAUCACUGAGUUCAAAUGUCUAAUUUUGUCACUUAAGUGUUUGAAAUCCAACCUUCAGAUUGACCUCAGUGACACAAAGUGACCACACGAGGCAGCAGAGGACCAGCAGCUCAAAUUUACUGAUUUUCUCUGAGAUUUGGUGUGGGGGGUGAAACUUGAGUUUCCUGUCAGAAAAGGAAGUCUCAUACAGAAACAAAGAGGCUGCAGCCAUGUUUCCUUCAUGUCUCACACUGCACUGAAAACACUGAACUGUCCCUUUAAGUGUGUUUUGCUCAUAAGAGUUUACAAAGAAAAGGUUUAGCACCUUAUUGUCCACUGGUGAUCAGGGUGAUUGUCAUGACCUUGUGACCUCAUCAGGGUGUCCAAGCUCGGACCAAAAUAAUUGACCAAAAGAACAUCAUCUGUCACUCACACUCUCUCACACACACAUGCACUCUCACAUACACACGCAUGCUCUUUGCACCUGUUUUACCUCUUCACAUCAAUCAUUAGCCCCGCCUCCUUGUGCCCAGCUCCACCUGUGUUUCUUUUUUCUUUUUUUAAAUCUGUAAAUCUGUGAUGAAUCCAGAUGAAUUCAGGCUCUCACUGGAUCAUGUGACUGCCGGACAUGUUGCACAUUCCCUCGAGCUCAGGACUUACAGGACUUAAUGCUAGUGUCGUGUUAUGAGCGCCCCGCCCCCUUCCUUCUCAGACUCCUCCCCCGUGUAGAGCAGAGUAAAUGGUUUGUCAGUUUAUUGUCGAGUAAACUCUGUUCUGCGAGGCUCUAAAACACUGACAGACGAGUAAACUCUGUUCUGCGAGGCUCUAAAACACUGACAGACGAGUAAACUCUGUUCUGCGAGGCUCUAAAACACUGACAGACUAGUAAACUCUGUUCUGCGAGGCUCUAAAACACUGACAGACUAGUAAACUCUGUUCUGCGAGGCUCUAAAACACGGACAGACGAGUAAACUCUGUUCUGUGAGGCUCUAAAACACGGACAGACGAGUAAACUCUGUUCUGUGAGGCUCUGAAACACUGACAAAUGAGAAAAACUAAUUUCUGCGAGGCUCUAAAACACUGACAGACGAGUAAACUCUGUUCUGCGAGGCUCUGAAACACUGACAGAUGAGUAAACUCAUUUCUGCGAGGCUCUAAAACACUGACAGACGAGUAAACUCUGUUCUGCGAGGCUCUAAAACACUGACAGACGAGUAAACUCUGUUCUGCGCGGCUCUGAAACACUGACAGACGAGUAAACUCUGUUCUGCGAGGCUCUAAAACACUGACAGAUGAGUAAACUCUGUUCUGCGAGGCUCUAAAACACUGACAGACGAGUAAACUGUGUUCUGCGAGGCUCUAAAACACUGACAGAUGAGUAAACUCUGUUCUGCGAGGCUCUAAAACACUGACAGACGAGUAAACUGUGUUCUGCGAGGCUCUAAAACACUAGCAGAUGAGUAAACUGUUCUGUGAGGCUCUAAAACACUGACAGACGAGUAAACUGUUCUGUGAGGCUCUAAAACACUGACAGACGAGUAAACUCUGUUCUGCGAGGCUCUAAAACACUGACAGACGAGUAAACUCUGUUCUGCGAGGCUCUGAAACACUGACAAUUGAGAAAAACUAAUUUCUGCGAGGCUCUAAAACACUGACAGACGAGUAAACUCUGUUCUGCGAGGCUCUAAAACACGGACAGACGAGUAAACUCUGUUCUGUGAGGCUCUGAAACACUGACAAAUGAGAAAAACUAAUUUCUGCGAGGCUCUAAAACACUGACAGACGAGUAAACUCUGUUCUGCGAGGCUUUAAAACACUGGCAGACAAGUAAACUCUGUUCUGCAAGGCUCUAAAACACUGACAGACGAGUAAACUCUGUUCUGCGAGGCUCUAAAACACUGACAGACGAGUAAACUCUGUUCUGCGCGGCUCUGAAACACUGACAGACGAGUAAACUCUGUUCUGCGAGGCUCUAAAACACUGACAGACGAGUAAACUCUGUUCUGCGAGGCUCUGAAACACUGACAAUUGAGAAAAACUAAUUUCUGCGAGGCUCUAAAACACUGACAGACGAUUAAACUCUGUUCUGCGAGGCUCUAAAACACGGACAGACGUGUAAACUCUGUUCUGUGAGGCUCUGAGACACUGACAAAUGAGAAAAACUAAUUUCUGUGAGGCUCUAAAACACUGACAGACGAGUAAACUCUGUUCUGCGAGGCUUUAAAACACUGGCAGACAAGUAAACUCUGUUCUGCGAGGCUCUAAAACACUGACAGACGAGUAAACUCUGUUCUGCGAGGCUCUGAAACACUGACAGACGAGUAAACUCUAUUCUGCGAGGCUCUAAAACACUGACAGACGCGUAAACUCUGUUCUGCAAGGCUCUAAAACACUGACAGAUGAGUAAACUGUUCUGCGAGGCUCUAAAACACUGACAGACGAGUAAACUCUGUUCUGCGAGGCUCUAAAACACUGACAGACGAGUAAACUCUGUUCUGCGAGGCUCUAAAACACUGACAGACGAGUAAACUCUGUUCUGCGCGGCUCUGAAACACUGACAGACGAGUAAACUCUGUUCUGCGAGGCUCUAAAACACUGACAGAUGAGUAAACUCUGUUCUGCGAGGCUCUAAAACACUGACAGACGAGUAAACUCUGUUCUGCGCGGCUCUGAAACACUGACAGACGAGUAAACUCUGUUCUGCGAGGCUCUAAAACACUGACAGACGAGUAAACUGUGUUCUGCAAGGCUCUAAAACACUAGCAGAUGAGUAAACUGUUCUGUGAGGCUCUAAAACACUAGCAGAUGAGUAAACUCUGUUCUGCAAGGCUCUAAAACACUGGCAGACGAGUAAACUCUGUUCUGCGAGGCUCUAAAACACUGACAGACGAGUAAACUGUGUUCUGUGCGGCUCUGAAACACUGACAGACAAGUAAACUCUCUGUUCUGCGCGGCUUUAAAACACUGACAUGGGCGUGGUUAUUGCUCACACCAACAUAAACCUGUAACAUUCCCUUAGCUAGUACGUAAAAGAGACUGUAGAUGAAACACUGCCACUGCCGCUGGCAUCAGGAGCAGAUGGUUUAGGCGACAAAAAACUCAAACCUCCUGAGGAUUCAGCCGCAGGAUGCAGACACUUUGUCGUCUUAUGUUGCGACUGCCAAAUACUACAGGACCAAAAAGUCGAUCCUCCAACACAGGUGUCCAUUUAAGCACACGACUGUUAUGCUGCUUUCACACCAAACGUGAAUUUUGGUGUUGCCGUUAGUCAUUCGAGCCACAGGAACCGCCACCGUCAUCAACUUCUUCACCAACCAUUUGCCGCCCUCUCUCCUUGGCCCGGUACCUGUCGUCGAGCUCCAGGUGCUCAUUCACACAAUUUACGACACGGAGUCUGUGUCUACUCGCGUACAUUCGUUCACUUUGUAUGUAAAUGCUACAUGCCAUCGUCUCCUGAUAGCAUGGAGCUCGACAUCUCCUGCAGACCUCAGUCUGACCUGACCCUACCAGGUGAGGGCAGCAGCAGCAGCAGCAUGGUCAGUUCAGUCCAGUUUAUUCUUCAGGUGAACACCCAGGUUUAAACUCAGUUUAAAGUAUGUGACGUCCAGCUCUCCCAUGUCGUCACAAAAUGUGCAAAAAUGAUCUUGCGAUGCGUCACACACCAUAAAACACACAAAUCAGCUGACAUGUACUGUAUCUGAGAGACAACUGGGCGGCGGCGGCGGUCAGAAGGACAGAGUGUGACUGGAUAUGUAGCAUGUACAUAGACGAGCCCUCACUCUGUAUAUAAACAUGUACAGGUUUGAUACAACUGUUCACAUUCUGGCUCUUUUUCUUAAAUUUUUCUUUAUUGAAUUUCUUUAUAUCAUAGCAAUAUUUUCUGUAAUCAAUAAAAAGACAAGGUAAAAGGAUGAUUAGCAUUUUAUUUAGAGAAGGGAUAAUGACUGUGAAUGAUGAAACUGUGAGACUUGACUUAACUGAUGAUGAUGAUGACGACAGGUUAUUGUUAUUAUUAUUUUAUGUUUUUACGCUGUUUUUUGCUUUUAAACAUGCUGGAUCCAAAAGGCUGGAGUGACGACGUAUCACGAUGCAAAAGAGUACUAGGCAUGUUCUGUGUGUGUGUGUGUGGGCUGUUUGAGCACAGACCUUCAGAAGUUUAUGGGAUGUUAAUACCUAAUAAAAAAAAUUCUUUAGGU